AUGGCAUGGCAAGUGGUUGAUAAAACUGAUUCGAACACUUCGCUUGGUGAGGGAACUUCGCAUCUCUAUACCGAAUAUAAGAAAUAUCAAACUAUGCAUGCUCAGCUGACCAAAGACCUUGCCGGAAAAAUUAGCGAAUCUGCCAAAGAUUCUGAAAAGGCUGAAGGUCUCUGUGAUUGGAGAAGACAGUGCGGAUGUUUGAGGACAAGUGAAAAGUUGAAGUUAAUAUUAAAUUCGUUUCCUGCACCGCCUCCUCCUACGCCUGUUGUAACCCAAAAUACUGGGUUCGAAAACACAUGUAUUUCCGCUUAUUGUACGCAAACACAUCCGCCCUUGCAGCGUGCAAGCCCGUUGCCAAUAAAACCUGAUAUGGACAUGGAUACACCAGAGAAGAAACCGGCGAUGCACAGGUCUUGGCAAUUAAUGACAGAGCUGGUACAAAUUUUGCAGUUAUCUGUAACGGCGACGGCUCUCGCGUUUUACUAUGUUAUCUAUUGCUAUAUGCAAUUAAUAUACUAUACUUUGAGAAGCGCACUGUAUUUCCAUAACGCUGAUGGAGCCAUGAAGGUAACAAUAGCAGUUGUGACUUUUACGUCACUUCUCGUUGGUUUCAAUCUGAUUAUUCGAAUGGAGAGACUGAUCGGAAUAUUGUGA